UUCUCUCGCUGAUGACUGUCCAUUCGCUGCUGUGAAUCUAAGCAAGACUAGACAGAACUUUGAUGUUCUUUCUGAGAUACGAGAGAUUUUUCUUUAUCGUCUUAAUACUGGCAGCAAAUACCUCAACAAUAUCAUCAGUCACUUACGCGCAGUGGAGGACAGCGCUCGCAAACUCCAUUCAACGGAGAGGCGUUAAACUGACACCCGAUGUGAGCGGUGUCACCCCCGGCGGACAUUUAGGAUGCAGAGAUCACCUGUGGAGGAUGCCAACUGCCUCUCAAGAUACUUCUUUUGGUGGACAAACCCAAUUAUGAGAAAGGGUUUUAAGGAGAAACUCAGGCCAUCAGAUGUUUAUCAAGCUCCCAGUCAAGAUACAGCAGAUGUCCUUGCAGAACGUUUGGAGAAAGAAUGGGACAGAGAAGUUGCUUCUGGUAGGAAAAAGCCCAGUCUCCUGCGAGCACUUGCACGAUGCUUCAUACAACCUUUUCUGUUAUUUGGCGUCCUCCUAUAUAUAGGCGAGGCCACAAAAACAGUGCAGCCACAGCUUUUAGGGCGGAUCAUUGCAUCAUUUGACCCAGCCCAUGAACCAGAGCGAGCCAUGGGCUACUUUCUUGCAUUGGGCCUUGGCUUGCUAUUCACUGCCCGCUUUCUCUUGCUCCAACCAGCCAUGUUUGGACUACACCGCUUGGGCAUGCAGAUCAGAAUUGCACUUUUUAGCAUAAUCUACAAAAAGACUUUGAAACUUUCCAGCCGAGUCCUGGACAAGAUCAGCACAGGUCAGCUGGUCAGUCUGAUGUCAGCCAACCUGGGCAAGUUUGAUCAGAGCCUGGGAAUGGCCCAUUUUAUAUGGAUAUCACCAUUGCAAUGCAUCCUGUGUACAGGGCUUAUCUGGGAACUCAUUGAUGUCAAUAGCUUCUGUGCACUUGCUGCCAUCUCUUUACUCGGAGUCUUGCAGGCCUUUCUGUCACAUAAAAUGGGCCCUUACAAAGCACAAAAAGUAAUACUGACCAAUAAGCGCUUGGCUCUGACCUCAGAGAUCAUGGAGAACCUGCAUUCGGUGAAGGCCUAUGGCUGGGAGGAGAUAAUGGAGACCCUCAUCAAAAACAUAAGACAGGAUGAGGUAAAGUUGACCAGGAAGAUUGGCUCCCUGCGCUACUUCUACAGCUCUGCCUACUUUUUCUCAGCCAUCUUUGUGAUUGUGGCAGCAGUGGUACCUCAUGCCCUCAGCCGAGGUAUCAACCUACGUCGUAUAUUCACCACUCUCUCCUACUGUAUGGUGCUGCGUAUGACUGUCACUCGACAACUGCCCGGCUCCAUCCAGAUGUGGUACGACACCAUGCGGCUCAUUUGGAAGAUUGAAGAAUUUCUCAGUAAGGAAGAAUACAAGUUAAUGGAAUACGAUCUCAGCAUCACAGAGCUGGAACUUAAAAAUGUGACUGCAUCUUGGGAUGAGGGUACUGGUGAACUUUUGGAGAGGAUCAAACAGGAGAACAAAGCUAAUGGCCACCCCAAUGGAGAUGCAGGUCUCUUCUUCACCAACCUGUAUGUGACUCCUGUACUGAAGGAUAUCAGCUUGAGACUAAAGAAGGGAGAGAUGUUAGCUGUUGCUGGUUCAAUGGGAUCUGGGAAAAGCUCAUUGUUGAUGACCAUCCUUGGAGAGCUGGUUCCCUCCGCUGGGAAGAUUCGACACAGCGGUCGAAUCUCCUACUCCUCCCAAACAGCCUGGAUCAUGCCCGGCACCAUUCGAGACAACAUCCUCUUUGGCCUGACUUAUGAUGAGUAUCGAUAUAAGAGUGUGGUCAAAUCAUGCCAGCUUGAAGAGGAUCUGGCUACUCUGCCUGAGAAGGAUAAGACACCUAUGGCUGAGGGGGGUUUAAAUCUGAGUGGAGGUCAGAAGGCGCGUGUGGCUCUGGCCAGGGCUGUAUAUAGAGAUGCUGAUGCUUACCUGCUUGAUGCACCUUUUACUCACCUGGAUAUUGCAACAGAAAAAGAGAUAUUUGACAAAUGUCUGUGUAAGCUGAUGGCCUCCAAGACACGCAUCUUGGUAACCAAUAAGAUUGACCACUUGAAGCGGGCCGAUAAGAUCCUGCUGCUCCACAACGGUGAAAGUUUCUUCUACGGCACCUUUUCCGAUCUUCAAUCAGAGCGACCUGAUUUCAGCUCUUUGCUUCUGGGUUUGGAGGCCUAUGACAAUAUCAACGCCGAGCGUCGUUGCUCCAUCCUCACAGAGACUCUCCGCCGUGUCUCAGUGGAUGAAAACGCAGGCAUACGACAUGAGCGCACCUCCUAUCGUCAGGUGCCCUCCUCCAAGCCCAUGUACAUAGAUGAACGAAAAUCCUCAGUGAUCCUGAACCCUCUCGGAGCAGCUCGUAAAGCAUCCUUCAUUCAGGUACCAGAGGAAGAGGUACGACGGACGUUACCAGAUCGAAAGUUCUCUUUGGUACCUGAGAACGAGCUAGUGGAUGAGUCCUUUAUGGGGAGUGAUGUAUAUCAUAAUCAUGGAGUGCACAUGGCAGGCCAGAGAAGACAAUCAGUGUUAGCCUUCAUGACCAAUACACAAAGCCAGGGCCGACGUGACCACCUUCAGUCGUCUUUCCGUCGACGGCUCUCUGUUGUGCCACAGAGUGAACUGGCAUCUGAGCUGGACAUCUAUACCCGCCGCCUGUCAAACAGCGCCUAUGACAUAACUGGGGUGCUAGAGGAAGAAAACACUGAGGCAUGCUUAGUUGAUGAAAUAGAUGAAAUAGAGGAGACAUUUGAAACGACAAAAUGGAACACAUAUGUCAGAUAUGUGUCGAAUAACAAAAGUCUUCUUUAUGUUCUGAUCUUCAUCCUCAUUAUUGCUGCAGUUGAGGUUGCGGGCUCUGUAGCAGGGAUUUUUCUGAUAACUGAUGAACUUUGGAAAGAGGAGCAUCACCGCUCUGAGCCAAAUUUGACAAAAUACUCCAACUUGUCCUCACCUGAAAAAAACUAUGCCAUCAUUGUGACCCCCACCAGCAACUAUUACAUUCUCUACAUCUAUGUAGCCACUUCAGAGAGCCUCCUGGCUAUGGGAUUUUUCAGGGGUCUUCCGCUUGUCCACACCAUGAUCACAAUAUCCAAGAAACUGCACCAGAAGAUGUUGCGUGCUGUCCUCGGGGCACCAAUGUCUGUGCUCAAUACCAUGAAGACAGGUCGAAUCAUGAAUAGGUUCACCAAAGACAUGGCCACAAUAGACGACAUGCUUCCUCUGCUCAUGUUUGACUUUGUCCAGUUGACUGUGGUGGUGGUAGGAUGUAUUCUUGUGGUGUCCAUCGUGCGGCCGUACAUAUUUCUUGCGGCUACUCCCCUUGCCAUCAUUUUCAUUGUGAUGAGGAAGUACUUUCUGCGUACGGGUCAACAGCUGAAGCAGCUGGAGACAGAAGCUCGGAGCCCCAUUUUCUCCCAUCUUAUCAUCUCUCUGAAGGGUCUGUGGACCAUAAGGGCCUUUGAACGGCAAACCUACUUUGAGAACCUGUUCCAGAAGGCCAUGAACACCCACACAGCCACCUGGUUCCUCUACCUGUCAACCCUACGAUGGUUCCUCUUCCGAGCCGACAUAAUCUUCGUGUUUUUUUUCACGCUGGCUGCCUGGAUUGCGGUAGGAACCAACCAGGAUAAACCGGGUGAGAUUGGUAUCAUCAUAUGCCUGGCAAUGCUCAUUCUAGGCACCUUCCAGUGGUGUGUUGCCACCAGCAUUGCAGUAGACGGAAUGAUGCGUUCUGUUGACCGGGUUUUUAAGUUUAUCGACCUACCGUCUGAGACACCCAAACUGCACCGAAGCAAAGGCUCAGACCUGAUUACUGAGAAUGUGAAUGCCCGGCCUGACACAAGCUGGCCCAACCACGGUCAAAUUGAUGUGCGGAAUGUUACGGUCAAAUACACAGAAGCAGGUCAUGCUGUCCUUAAGAACCUCUCCUUCACUGUGGAAGGUGGACAGAGGGUGGGCAUAUUGGGCCGAACAGGUUCUGGGAAGAGCACUCUGUUCAAUGCUCUCCUAAAGCUGGUUUACACAGAUGGGGACAUCUCCAUUGACGGAGUCAACUGGAACAAAAUGUCGCUUCAGAAGUGGAGAAAAGCUUUUGGAGUAGUGCCUCAGAAAGUCUUCAUCUUUACGGGAACAUUCCGCAUGAACCUGGACCCUUAUGGUUGCCAUUGUGAUGAGGAGCUGUGGCGGGUUGUUGAGGAGGUUGGUCUCAAGUCCUUGAUUGAACAGUUUCCUGAUAAACUGGACUUUCAGCUGGAAUAUGGAGGCUACGUACUGACUAAUGGCCACAAACAGCUCAUAUGUCUGGCUCGCUCCAUUCUCAGCAGAGCUCGCAUCCUCCUUCUGGAUGAGCCUAGUGCCCACCUUGAUCCAAUAACAAUAAAGGUAUUAAAGAAGACACUACGACAGUCUUUUUCCAAAUGCACUAUAUUACUGUCUGAACAUAAAGUGGAACCACUACUUGAGUGCCAGUCUUUCUUGAUGAUGGAGAAAGGCCAGGUGAAGAAUUACGAUUCCAUUCAGAGGCUGCUGAAUGAGACCAGUCAUCUAAAGCAGGCCAUAAGUUCAGCUGACCGGCUCAAACUCUUCCCCCGCCGGAAUUCAAGCAUGCGCGUUCCUCAAUCCAAACUCGGCUCUGUUACUCAAACGCUCCAGGAGGAGGCAGAGGACAAUAUCCAAGACACUCGCCUCUGAGCAUCUCAAAUUGAACUUCCAACUCAAGCUGUUUUAUAAAGGUCUCAAAUAGUACAUUAUAUUGGAUGGCCUAUCUUUGGAACACAUUUGAGGGGGAGAUUGUUUUGAACAAGACAUGUAUGGUAGAAGGCACAGGUGGUACUCCAUAGCCUAUCACGAUGUAUAUUAGUGAGGUCAGGAAUAAUUGAACACUGCAAGGAUCAUUAUAAUGUAACUAUUUGUUGAUCAUGUCAAACAUUUUCAUCUUUUAUUUCACUUAACAUUUAAUUUAUUGAGACUAUAUCUGACAUUCUUUUGAAAGUGCAGUAAUUGGUCUGGCAUGAAUCAUGAAAAUGAAAUGACUCUUUAUGGUCUAAUUUCUUUAGACAUGUCAUGGAACUAGGAAAGGAAUUUCUGACUUUUUUUUAAAAGUGUAAAUAUAAGCUAAAGUCUUUUCUGUAAAACAAAUAUAUUUUUCAAGACUUCGUUUCUCUCCUCUCGUUAAUUAAAGUGGGUUUUGUGUCAUCAGGAAUGACCGCAGUGCUGCUCUUACCUUAUAUUGUAUUCUGCCAGAGAAGAUUCAGGGGAGAGGACACAAAAACAUAGGUGAUAAACUAUUACAGCUGAAUGGUUCAAUCGUUUUGAAUUAUUCAGUUUCAAAU